GUUGACUAAGAAACAUUUCUCAAUCUAAGAGAAAAUUAGCAUUUGCAUUCUUCUUAAUUUGAUCCAAAACUUCCCAAAAUUUUCUUUAAACCAUGAGUUCAAUCUUUUUGUUAAUCGUUGUCUUAACAACAUUAUUCCUUCUAAUUCUAACACUUAUAAUUUCCCAAACAAACAAAAGAAAACUUCCUCCAGGAAAAACUGGGUUACCAAUAAUUGGAGAAUCCUUAGCUUUUGUAUCAAACCCACAAAAAUUUAUACAAGAUAGAAUGAACAAAUACUCCCCAAAGAUCUUCAAAACUUCAAUAGCUGGUGGAAAAAUGGCUGUUUUAUGUGGUCCUUUAGGUAACAAAUGCUUGUUCUCUAAUGAAACAAAUAAGUUGGUCACCACUUGGUGGCCUCGCUCUAUAUCUCAACACUUGAUUUUUCCUAUUAACGCGAAUUCAUUGCCAUCAAAAUCCAUAUAUUUCGAUCAUUCAUUUCUCAAGCUUGAGUCGAUACAACACUAUGUUUCUAUCAUGGAUGCAAUGACUAAACAACAUUUAGAGGCCAAGUGGGCACCGCACGAGGAGGUUAAGGUACAUCCUCUUGCGAAAGAAUUCACUUUUGAUUUAGCUUGUCGAUUGUUUAUCAACUUUGAUAACUCUGAACAAACGAGAGAAUUAGCUGAGCCCUUCUUCAAUGUCGCGAAAGGGAUCAUGUCAGCUCCAUUAAACAUUCCGGGUACCGCCUUCAACGGAGCCGUGAAAGGUGGAGCAAUCAUCAAGGAAAAGCUUCUGCAAAUCAUCAAAAAUAGGAGGGAUGAGUUGCAGAAAAAUGGGGAUGAUUUAAAGAAGCCUCAAGAUUUGUUGAGUAGAUCGCUUGUUUCUUGUGAUGAAAAUGGCAAAUUUUGUAGUGAACAUGGUAUUGCAAACAAGAUCAUUGGUUACUUGAUGGCUAGUUUUUAUACUACUAGCACAACUAUCACGUUUGUUCUGAACAACCUUGCUGAGAACCCUCAUGUUUAUGACAAGGUUUUGGAAGAGCAAUUGGAAAUAAGCAAGUCCAAAGCAACAGGGGAAGCACUAAGUUGGGCAGAUAUUCAAAAGAUGAAGUACUCUUGGAAUGUUGUAUGCGAAUCGAUGCGAUUAACACCACCUUCACAAGGAGCUUUCAAGGAGGUCCUGACUGACUUCACUUAUGCUGGAUACACUAUCCCAAAAGGGUGGAAGAUCUCUUGGUCAGUGCAUACUACAUAUAAGAAUCCAGAAUAUUUCAUCAAUCCUGAAAAAUUCGACCCGUCAAGAUUUGAAGGGAAUGGACCUCCACCAUUUACAUUUGUGCCUUUCGGGGGAGGCCCUAAGAUGUGUGUUGGGAAAGAGUAUGCUCGUAUUGAAAUACUUGUGUUUGUGCAUAAUGUGGUGACUAGAUUCAAGUUAAAGAAGGCGAAUCCAAAUGAGAAGAUUGUUUAUAAUCCUGACCCAACUCCCACUGAAGGCUUAAGGAUUUGCCUCCAACCGCAUCAGAUUUGAUUAUACUACGUCUGUUUUUUCGAUGUAAUAUUUGAUUGUUUUAACCCAGACAUCAAACAGAGAAAUAUUACAUCUAAAAAAGUACGGAGGAAAUAUAUAUCUAUGUUAUGUUUUGAUUCAUGUUGUUACUACCGUUUUUGGAUGAUGAUUAAGCAUUUAUUAUGGUACGUUGUAUUAGGUCUCAAAGGGUUUAAUAUUUAUGAUAAUGUGGAAGCCCAAUCAUAUUAGGUGCCCAUGAAAGAAAGUCAACAGAAGUCAAGGACCAAAAGCUCAGGAAAGAAAGUCAACAGAAGUCAAGAACUAAAUGGAAUAGUAAGGAGAUGGAGGUUAAACAACGAAAAAUACGUGGGCAAUCAACAACCUGAUCAUGGGGCAAGCUACAUGGGUAUUUGAACAUGGUCAUUCCAGCGCCAGAAAAGGCCGUUAUGAUUUGAAUCAUAAAUGAUUCAAAUCAUUUCCCUCCAAAGAUGCAUGAGAUGAUGAGAGUUACAUAUCAUGUUGGAAUAUAAAUACGAGUGAAAGGAUCAAGUAAAAAACAACAAACACAACACACAACACACAACACACAACAACGUGCAGCUUUCUUUCUAGCGAAGCUUUAGCCUAGCCUAGCCAACCCCCUUACGGGGUUAUAGUUUAGUCCUUAGAUCUAGAGCAUGUACUAGUGACAAGUUUGUUCAUCUUCAGUUUUAGCCGGAACUCAUGAAGGUAAUCACUUUGUAUUUAUUUAAUGGGAAUACUUGGCUCUAAUUA